ACUGUUGAGGUUAUGUUUACACUGACUCAUCAAUAAUGAUUUGUAUAUCGCAAUAAUUUAUCGUAGUCUAACCAUAUUUACCCUAACUUGUUAUCUCUAUAAACCGACUUAGGAGUGACUUGAAGUUGGAGUUUUUAAAAUAGGCUAUCAUAUAGGCCUACAUCAUGCAUGAGGCUUUCGAAUCUGCCCAUCUUUUGAAACUUGCAACAACAGUGCAGAUUGAGUCUUUGGCUGCAUACGGUGAUAACCUAUUGGUUGGCACGAGGCAAGGGCAUCUGUUGAUGUACAAGGUGACAUCACGUUAUGGGGAUCCAAAACAUGACGUUCAGCUUCUGCGGUACAACAAAAACUUUAGUAAAAAACCAAUCCAGCAACUGGCAAUUAUACCGGAACAUGAAAUUCUCAUCAGAUUGUCAGAUAACAUAAUUUGUGUCCACGAUGUAUCCAAUAGAGAUUUUCCACCUAUAACUACAGUGCAGUCUACGAGGGGAGCGACACUUUUCACUUUGGAUGUUAAGCACUCAACUUCGCUAACUGGCGUUUCCUCAGUGACUGUGAGAAUGUGCGUUGCUGUCAAACGUAAACUUCUCUUCUUCUACUGGAAGCAUGGAGAGUUUCUUCCACUAAUGCAGGAUGACAAUGUCACAGUCAAAGACAUUCCUCGAGCACUGGUGUGGUGCAAUGAGACCAUCGUAGUGGGGUUCAAAGGAGAAUACUCAUUGGUUACUUUGCCAGACAAGACACAGAAGGACCUGUUCCCCACAGGCACCAAGCACCAGGAGCCCAGCAUCACCAAGGUGUCAGAUGACAUGUUUGUGUUAGGCAAGGACACCCAGGUCGUACUGAUGUACAAUACAUGUUACUCAUCUGACUGUUGUAGUUGCCAGACAAGACACAGAAGGACCUGUUCCCCACAGGCACCAAGCACCAGGAGCCCAGCAUCACCAAGGUGUCAGAUGACAUACAAGACACAGAAGGACCUGUUCCCCACAGGCACCAAGCACCAGGAGCCCAGCAUCACCAAGGUGUCAGAUGACAUGUUUGUGUUAGGCAAGGACACCCAGGUCUUGCCAGACAAGACACAGAAGGACCUGUUCCCCACAGGCACCAAGCACCAGGAGCCCAGCAUCACCAAGGUGUCAGAUGACAUGUUUGUGUUAGGCAAGGACACCCAGGGUUUGCCAGACAAGACACAGAAGGACCUGUUCCCCACAGGCACCAAGCACCAGGAGCCCAGCAUCACCAAGGUGUCAGAUGACAUGUUUGUGUUAGGCAAGGACACCCAGGGUUUGCCAGACAAGACACAGAAGGACCUGUUCCCCACAGGCACCAAGCACCAGGAGCCCAGCAUCACCAAGGUGUCAGAUGACAUGUUUGUGUUAGGCAAGGACACCCAGAGUUUGCCAGACAAGACACAGAAGGACCUGUUCCCCACAGGCACCAAGCACCAGGAGCCCAGCAUCACCAAGGUGUCAGAUGACAUGUUUGUGUUAGGCAAGGACACCCAGGGUUUGCCAGACAAGACACAGAAGGACCUGUUCCCCACAGGCACCAAGCACCAGGAGCCCAGCAUCACCAAGGUGUCAGAUGACAUGUUUGUGUUAGGCAAGGACACCCAAAGUUUGCCAGACAAGACACAGAAGGACCUGUUCCCCACAGGCACCAAGCACCAGGAGCCCAGCAUCACCAAGGUGUCAGAUGACAUGUUUGUGUUAGGCAAGGACACCCAAAGUUUGCCAGACAAGACACAGAAGGACCUGUUCCCCACAGGCACCAAGCACCAGGAGCCCAGCAUCACCAAGGUGUCAGAUGACAUGUUUGUGUUAGGCAAGGACACCCAAAGUGUGCUAAUGUACACUGCAGGUGAAGCUGUGUCUAAUUUGGCUGUCAAGUGGUCUGAGGUGCCAAUAGACUUGGUGUUUGACGAGCCAUACCUGCUCGCGCUGCUGCCGGAGAGUGUGGAAGUGCGGACAGUUGAACCUCACUUGCUGAUACAGUCGCUGCCGCUGAAGGCUCGGCUGGCCUGUCGGUGUCGUCAGGGCGUAGUCUACGCUGCGUCCACCGAGCACGUGUGGAUCGUACAAUCUCUACCUGUCAGUAAACAAAUUCAUAGAUUGUUGGAAGAGAAGCAGUUCCAACUUGCGGUCAAACUGACGAAUCUCUCUGAUGAUUUGCCUGAAGAGAAGGCUAAAAACAUCCACCAGAUAAAAACAUUGUACGCCUUUGAUCUGUUUCACAACAAGAAGUUCCUUGACUCGAUGAAGGAAUUCCUCAAACUAGAUACAGAUCCAUAUGAUGUCAUUAGACUGUUUCCAAUGUUGUUACCUCAGCAAGCGAGAGAUGAGCCUAAGUCUUCCGACAAGUCUUCGGUGAAACUGGAUGACAUGGACCUAGAGAAUGGCCUCUUAGCUCUUAUCCAGUACUUGACUGAGGUCCGGCGAAAAAUCCUAGACAAGAAGUCUGCAGAAAAGGGAUUUGAAUCAAAAUCCACCCAGCAACUGAUGCAGAUUAUUGACACCACUCUACUCAAAUGUUACUUGCAGACAAAUGACGCCCUGGUGGCUCCGUUGUUGAGGCGGAACUAUUGUCACUUGGAGGAGACGGAACACACCCUGCGGAAGCAUCAUAAGUACAGCGAGUUGAUCAUAUUGUACCAGACCAAGGGACUGCACCACAAGGCUCUGGAGUUGCUGCAGAAACAGGCCAAUCAGAGCGACAGCAGUCUGCGAGGCCAUGAGCGAACUGUGCAGUAUCUUCAAACACUAGGAGAGGAGCAUGUAAAACUGAUUUUCCAGUUUGCUGGGUGGGUUCUGGAGGCUCAUCCUGAAGAUGGCCUCAAGAUAUUCACUGAAGACACUCCUGAAGUUGAGCAUCUACCUCGUCCUCAGGUCCUCGAUUAUCUGCUGAGAACUCAGAAGUCUCUAGUCAUACCCUAUCUGGAGCACGUGGUACAUACAUGGAAGGACACCAACUCUAUAUUCCACAAUGUGCUGAUUCACCAGUACAAGGAGAGAGUGCAAGCUCUGCUGACACCGAACGCAACUCAGCAGGAGCAGCAAGCUGCUCAGCACAUCAAGGCUAAACUACUAGCCUUCCUAGACAAAUCUCAGCACUACAUUCCAGAGACUGUACUGGUUCAUUUCCCUUUUGAUUGUCUGUUUGAAGAGCGCGCCAUCAUUCUGGGCCGACUAGGCAGACAUGAACAGGCUCUGUCCAUCUAUGUUUCAGUUCUGUCGGACAUUCAGAGGGCCAAGGAAUACUGUGACAAAGUCUAUAAACAAGGAGGGUCUGGGGCUGACGAGGUUUACGUGUGGUUGAUGAGAUUGCUGAUCAGCCCCCCAGACAACUGGCUGGUCGGAGUCACCCCUGCCAACACUCCUCAACCUGACCUUGAAACUGCCCUCUCACUGCUUGAGGGCAACGCUGACCGCAUACCUCCUCUUAAGGCCCUGAAGGAGCUGCCGGAUUCAGUUCCUCUGAUCCGCAUCAAACACUUCCUAAUGGCCAGUCUUCAGAAGCAGAUCAAUGAACGUCGCAAGACUCAAGUACUCAAAGGGCUCUUGUACGCUGAACAUCUUCAGGUACAAGAGUUGCGUAUGCAGUACGAGUCACAAAGUGUGAUGAUGACAGAAACAAUGGUGUGCCCUGUAUGCAAAAAACGCUUUGGGAACCAAAGUGCGUUUGUACGUUAUCCUAACGGAGACAUUGUACAUUAUUCAUGCCAAGAAAGAAGGUCUGCACCCAACACAUAAAAGUUCUACUCCAGCCUUCUUAUAUAUAUAAUAAUGUUAAAGACUGUGAUUCAUAUAUUUAUAUUAGUAUUACAUACCGGUACAUAAGUUUUAGAUUUUAGAGCUUAGUUACCGCUCAUCUAUUCUUUUCUCCAGCCACAGCCACUUAUUAAAAAAAAGCAUGACUCUUUAGUUAUUAGGUCUACUUUUUAUUCUUCAUAUUACUGUAGACUAUUUUAUAGAUAAUAUUGUAAAUAAGAGUAUUAUAGAGUUAAUCAAUA